AUGUCCCAUGCACCAAAAAGAAGAAAACUGAGUUCAACUUCCACUACACCACUUGCUCAGACCUCGAAAGCUGAGGAAAGUAUUUCGACUAUGAGCACGCACACCCCAAUCGACCGCUCUGCAGAAAUUGCUUUGGCUAGUGGCUUCUACAAAUCCAAUUUCUUCAAAUUACAACUUGAUGAACUACUCGCAGACUUGAGGCCAAAUUAUGAUAGACAAGUCUCAAGACUACAGGAUACUCUGCACAAAUUGAAGGAGACCAUUGAACAGUUCCCCGAGAGACCUGCGAAAUCUCCCCUCGAAGCUGAAAAAGAGUUACGCAGUACCCAUGGCAUUGUUAUCCCUUAUCCCCAACCUCGCCCAGAUAAAGAGGCAAAAUACUCCGUUUCAUAUGUUAAACCGGCAAACAUCAACGUUGUAGGAAGUUUUGCGCUAAGGACGGGCGCAAAAACUUCCGACCCUUGCACUGUCGAUUUAGCAGUGACAAUGCCGAAGUCACUCUUCCAGGAAAAGGACUAUAUCAAUUAUAGGUUCUUUCACAAGAGGGCAUAUUAUAUUGCAUGCAUUGCAGCUGGAAUCAAGGCAGAGAGCCUUAAUUUUGAUAUUAAAUUUGGAUUACAAGAUGGGGAUGGCCUUCGACCUGUCAUCAUUUUGCAGCUCACAGAUACGGCGAGAGACACCAGAACCAGAAGGCUACAAAUCCGCAUUAUCACGGCGAUCGAAGAUACAUUGUUCCCUCUGGCCCGGACUCUGCCAAUGAAGAAUAAUCUGCGCCAGGGCUCGUUGGUAAUGACAGAGCAUAAAGAAUCAACUCCGUUUUACAAUGCAAGUCUUCGUUCUGAGGCUACCGUGGAAUUGUUUCAUAAGUCCCUGUACUCAGCUGUCCGGAGCUGUGAGUCUUUUAGAGAUGGCUGCAUCCUUGGUCGAACUUGGCUCCGACAACGAGGAUUUGGUUCUCCGUUUCAGGCUGGCGGUUUUGGAGGGUUUGAGUGGACAGCGCUCAUGUCUAUUUUGUUUGAGAGCGGAGGACCCAAUGGAAAACCGGUCCUUCUCAAAUCAUACAGCAGCUAUCAGCUAUUCAAGGCAACCAUCCAAUUUCUUGCGGGAAGAGAUCUGACGAGGCCAUUGGUUCUAUUCUGUGACGACAUUCCGUUCCCUAGUGGGGCGCCGGUGCUAUACGAUGGCGUGAAAGGGCUGAAUAUUCUGUUCAGAAUGACCCCUUGGUCGUAUGCUUUUCUUCGUCGUGAAGCGAGCAAUACCCUUAAGAUGCUAAAUGCGUCCCGUGAUGACAAUUUUGAGAGAAUUUUUAUUACCAAAGUGAACGAACCUUUACUUCGGUUUGAUCGCAUUGCCACCCUUUCGUUGACUGAUAGCAGCAAUGCUCUUGAGACUUUAAGUAAUCAAUAUGCUGUCUAUGAAGUGCUGACGAAGGCGCUGACGGAUAGGGCCGAGCUCAUAUAUCUUUUUGGGGAUUGUGUUGAGCCUUGGUCUAUGGAGAGAAAAAUUUCACAGAAGGCAGCAAAAUUAAACCUUCACGUUGGAUUGUUAUUGAAUGCCGAAAACGUAAACCGUGUUGUUGAUUAUGGCCCCUUAGCGGAGCAAAAAAAAGAAGCGGCAUCGUUUCGGUCCUUCUGGGGUGAAAAGGCCGAGCUGCGACGCUUCAGAGAUGGAAGCAUUCGAGAAAGUUUGGUUUGGUCUGACCAACCAACUUCGUCAUCUAUAGUGCAUCAGAUUCUUGUGUAUAUUUUGAAACGCCAUUUUAAUUGUCUCGAAAAUGGUUUCAGAUAUGUCGGUGAUGACUAUGAUGAGAAGCUUCGCAGCAAUGGCGAUGAAAUAUUAUACUAUUCUAGCCCUGCAUUCCAGCAAGUUGCCGAUGCUUUCAGUUCGUUGGAGAAAUCUAUUCAUAGCUUGGAUGAUAUUCCCCUGACUGUUAGACACCUAGCAUCGGCUAGCCCAUAUCUUCGCUACACAGCCCUUCGAGUUCAAGCUGCUUCUGGUGCUAUACGAGGACCGGUGGAUGUCGUUCUCCAGUUUGAAAGCUCUGCACGGUGGCCCGAUGACCUUGUGGCCGUUCAAAUGACAAAAGUCGCUUUUCUCAUCAAAAUAGGUGACUCUUUGGAGUCAUCUGGAAUCGCAUCGUCAUGUAGGGUGGGGCUCGAGAAUGAGUCAAGUACAAUUCUGAACAAUGCUUUUCUACAAGUUUUUCAUGUAUCAGGGGUGGUCUUUCACCUACGAAUUCAUCAUGACCGGGAGCAGACUUUGCUUGAACGGCAGUUAAGGGGGAAAGGGUCUCUUCCGCAAGCAAAAAAACAAGAAAUUGCUUAUGCUUUGUCUGUGUACAAGAAGCUAUUCGUUCACUCUCCUCGUUUGACACAAGCAAUCCGUGCCUUGUGCACGCGCUUUGCUUUGCUGUCGCCUACAAUUCGCCUCCUCAAACAUUGGUUUAAUUGCCAUCUUUUGACAGGCCAUUUCAAUGAAGAACUUAUAGAGCUACUUGCUGUCCAGACAUUUAUUCAACCAUUCCCUUGGGAAACUCCAUCGAGUGUUAUGGCCGGUUUUCUGAGAACCCUUCAUCUGAUCUCGCGGUGGGAUUGGCAACAAGAACCAUUGAUGGUUGACCUAGGUGGCGAUCUGGAUCAUGAUGCUAUUGAAGUAAUUCGUACUCGAUUUUCUGCCUGGCGAAAUGUGGACCCAGCAAUGAAUGCAGUUUCCUUAUUCGUGGCGUCUGACAUUGAUCCAGACGGCGGAACUUGGACUCAGCACGAGAUGCCCCCCAAAGUCGUGGCUGCCAGAAUGUCAACAUUAGCUAACGCUGCAGUGAAAUUUCUACGGGAGAAGGGUCUUUCUCUCAAUAUACAAGACCUUUUCUAUACGUCUCUGGCGCCUUAUGAUUUUAUCAUCAACCUACGACCAGAGAUUAUCCGUGAUCAUUCAGCAUUGUUGACUAAGUACAAGAACAUUCAACAUGAGGAUAGCGCUCCACAUGGUGAUCGCAAACUCAGAGCCGUUGAAUCUUUCGUACGUGACCUACAGUCAUGUUACAGCCCAAAUCUACACUUAUUCUACGGAGGCGAUCAAGGUGAUGUUAUUGCAGGGCUUUGGAAUCCGCACACAUUGAAACCCAAGAGUUGGAACCUAAAGAUGGCGUACUCGACAUCUCCGACUGGGUUGGGUGACAUUGAAAACAGGGACCACGAAGUUGUGCUCAACCGUAGAUCUAUCUUGAAUGAGAUCUCCAGAUUGGGCGACUCUAUGGUUGAAAGCGUUGAAGUUAUCAACGGAGAAAAAGACUUGGGUUAA